AUGGAUCUAGAAGAAAUAGAGAUUGUUGAAAAUUUACAAAAGUUUGCCAUGGAAACAUCUACACAGGAGAAGGAGCAUAACAACACUGAAAGUAAAAGUUACCAAAACAACCAUUUAUUUGUUGCUAAAAUUGUUGUACAGACAGUUAUUUUAACAUUGGCUAUAUUUGGAAACACUUGUCUAUUUAUUGUACUGCGCAGGCGAAAGAGGAACUUCACAAGAAUGCAUGUUUUCAUAACUCACUUGUGCUUUGCCGACAUGUUAGUUGCUUUCUUCAACAUUUUACCUCAGCUAAUUUGGGAAAUUGUCGGAGAGUGGAAAGCGGGUGAUAUGAUGUGUCGAUUUGUGAAGUUCAUGCAAAUAUAUGUAAUGUACCUAUCAACUUAUGUUCUGGUUCUUACAGCGUUAGAUAGACGACGAGCUAUAUGUUCACCCCUACUCAGUCACACAUGGACAUACAAGCUUGUUCACCUUUCUGUUGGAGCUGUUUAUAUCCUGUGUGCUUUUCUAAGUUUACCCCAAGCAAUCAUAUUUAAAUACCAGGAAACUCAGCCAGGAUCCGGUCAAAAAAACUGCUGGGUCCAUUUCAAACCUGAAUGGACAUUGCAAGUAUACAUAACAACUUUCACAGUGUUGGUAUAUGUAUUACCGUUGAUUAUACUUAUAUAUGCAUAUGGUUCUAUAUAUUAUACCAUAUUCAUCAGACAAAAACAAUCUAAGAGAGAUUUUUCAAAAAAAGAUAAAGUAAACUCGAAGGAAGAUCCAGUAAUAGGAAACAAUCGAGCACCUAUAAGAAGGUUCAAUGUCUCAUCACUGUCGAAUUGUAAGUCCAGCAAAACCAGUAGACAAUGCAUGGUUCCUCGCAGUAAUUCAUUUGCAGGAUUCACACGUGCUAAGAUGAAAACUGUGAAAUUGACAUUAGUGAUCAUUAUAGCAUAUAUUGCUUGCUGGUCUCCGUUUUUUAUAUCACAACUUUGGUGGCUGUAUGAUGAAUCUGCGCCAUCAAGUCACAGUGCACUCGUAAUCAUGAUUCUUCUAGCGAGUUUGAACAGUUGCUGCAACCCUUGGAUAUACAUGGCAUUCAGUGGCUCUAUUUCUGUUCGUGUACUAACAUCUUGUUUUCCUUGCUAUGGUAACCGAAGCACGUAUGAUAACAGAACCACAAAGGACAGCCACGAAAAUCAACGAAUGCUGCCACGAGUACAAUCAGUGCUUACAACCUUAUCACCUACUCCAUCAACAUCGUCAAGAUUAAUUGUUCCAAAUUUGAUCACUGUUGAAAGCAGUUCUAUCUAAUUUCUACACUAAUCACGUGGAUGGUUAUAGGUUUAUCAUAGUAUUAUGUAUAAAUCUAUGUGCCAACUGUUUGCUUAUUUUCAUUCUGAAUAAAUUACUGGUAAAGCAAAUGCGAUACACUGGUAAUGCAUAGAAAUAUGAGACUUGUUUUAAAGCAAGGGCGUUCGUCUGAUAAAUUUGAUCCCAAUCACAUGAACGUGCGUGAUUCUUAAAUUUUGUAUGAAGCAUACUUAAAGCCCCAUGUUCAGAAAACAAACUUUAGGUAUGUUACAAGUGUGACUUAAAGUAUGUUAUACUAAAAAUUUGACUUUGUAAGAAUUUAACAUUUUAACAUUAACUUACAAAUGAUUAAGUGUAAGCCAGUUAUAUAUGUAGAAGAACGCUAAAGAUAUCGUCUACCGACAGCGUUUUUUAAAAAGUUUAUCUGAAUAAAAAAUAUUUACAAACGUGGUGUAGCGCCGAUAUAUGUCCAAACGUCGAAAAAUGUCCAAACGACGAUAAAUGUCCAAAAAUUGACGAUAAAUGUCUCAAUCGCCGAUAAAUGUCCAAAACUCCUUUAACGAUAAAUGUCCAAAAAUUAACGAAAAAUGUCGCAACAAAUUAGGUGCUCAUAAAUGUCCAAAUCGGUUAACGAUAAAUGUCUCAACUUUUCAUAUGUUAAUUUGUUAUUUAUUGUAUUGGAUACUGUAACAGUCUAUCCAACUAACCCGUGAUUUUAUCCUCUGGUUUACCCCCGACGUAAAAUGUAUCAUACAUUAUUGUGCAUGGCCAGUUGCAGAUCCGGAUGGGGCGGGUAGGGCAUAUGCCUUCUUAACUCACCGAAGCAGUGUUUGUGUUCUUCAAUAUUUUUGUGCCCCAUAUAGCGUUGCCAUUGUCCGUCCGAGUGUCUAAGUAUCCGUCUCGAACGUUUGUGAACGGUAUAGGGGCGUGGACAGAGUUGCAAAUUCCUUUACUGUCAAGUGGUCAAAAGUUAAGAAAAAUAUGCAACUCUAUCUGGCAAACAAAGCAGUUAACCUGUAUAAACCAUGUGAGCUAAUCAAGGGGUUAACUGCUUUGACAGUUAAAAUCUGACCUACUGAUUCAACAGCGAACAGUGCAGACCUUGACAGGAUGACGCAUUUGCUUGUCGGGGGAUAUGGUUCGACAAUGGUCGUUGUAAGCAUAUAUGUACGCAACACGUGUUAAAUAGGUUUGAUGACUUUUCUCUUUAGUGUUGCGAAGACGGUCCAUCUCAUGCUACAUUGAUAUUAGACAUUUGUAUUUGAUUAUUACUCAUUCGCGCGUAUUAUUACUCAUGAACGCCACUGCGGGGCUACCGCCUUAUAAAUACAGAGUUUUGAAAGGCUACUUACAUGUAUCCCUCCAGUGUCGACCCAGAUCAGUUUGCACGCAAAUGCGUCACCAGAUGAGGGUAUGCGCUAUUAAACACCAGUAAUUGGUAGUUAAGGUUUUGUAUGUCCCUACAGUGUGGCACUUUCAAGAUCAACCUACAUGGUUAUACAUGAAUAUAUAAUGUAUAUAUAAUCAAUUAAAUGUUCAACUAAAUAAGGGGAAGUAACUGCUAUAUUACCAUUUUACAGCUUCUGAUUGGCUAUAAUUAUGUCGUGAGCAAGAUAAUUAUUUUGUGGGAACAAGAUAUUAUCUCGUGGGAACAAGAUAAUUAUUUCGUGGGAACAAGAUAAUAUCUCUUUGGAACAAGAUAAUAUCUUGUGGGAACAAGAUAAUUUCUCUUUUGAACAAGAUAAAUAAAGACACCCAUGUGUCACAUCUGUGCCACCGUAAUAGACACUUGACGUAAUAGUAUGUUUUCUUGCUGUGCUGGUUGGAUACAAACAUGUACAUUUAAAAAUUACUUAUAUGUCAAAUAUUUACUUAACAUAACUUAUUAUAUAAAUAACACAUGGCUGUCAUUUUGCAUUAUGCUAACUGGUUACUAAAGCAUUAUCGUUUUUAUUAAUACAGAGUUAUGUAAGAGUUAUGUACCCCAGGAUUUUACGGGUGAUUUGCUACUCAAACCUUCCUCGAGUAAGUCGAGGAAGACUUUCAAAUAUGAAUAACAAUUCUACACUUUAGUUCACCUUGACCAAGGCGUCCUCAAUUCGUCCUUAAGGAAGCCUUUCCAGAGUUUGAGUGGAGGUUGAGUUCGAGUGACGACACUGAAUAUAGCUAUAAGUGUAGAGUAGCGCAAUGCAGAUGUUAACAAGAUAUGUUUGUAAAACAUGUAUGCCCCCCUAAACACAGCCAAUUUAAUAUUAUAACAUUAGAUUUUUAAAUGUGUAUAAAAAAUGCAUAGUAAAUUUGUUAUGGAAUACGUGUAUAUCAUUGCCAUGGGGCAGAACCAAUAUGACCCAUGGGUCCAUGAAUUGAGUAAACCCUGUAGUUGUCAAUGAGACAAUGUUACACACAAAAUAUCUUCUAAAAACAAGCUUUUCAUGGUGAGGUCACUGUGACCUUUACCGUUAACCUACUGACCCCAAAAGCAAUAGGGGUCAUCUACUAGUCAUGACCAACCUCCACACCAAAUAUGAGGACCAUCAGCCAAAGCAUUGUCUAGUUAUUGAGCGGAAAUGGCAUGGUCUACGGACCGACGGACCGACAUGGGCAAAGCAAUAUACCUCCACUUCUUCGAAGGGGGGCAUAAUAACUUAUUUUAUUUGACUUUUUUAUCGUUGGUACCGGUUACCCAUAUGACCAAAGUCCCCUGAAGAUUGUUAGUAUAUUAUUUUUCGAGGGAUAGUGCAUGAUACAGAAGACGCCCCGUUCUAGAGGCGACCCUGGUUCUUUUUAGUGCCCGGUGUAAAGCACCAGUACAAUGCACCUCGGUUUAACUUAUUUUUUCCCUUUAAAAAGUAAGGGAGAUAGACUAUAUCCAACAAUCAACUUAUUUUCAAAUACAUUUUUAAAACUUUUUUUAACAAACUCACAAGCAUCCGGCUAGAGUCCCGGUGGUCGGUCGGUGAUCCAGGAACGACCGGGGUACGUCCGUAACUUUGUCGGCAACGUCCAGGAUGAUCAAAGGCUCUGCCGGGGCUCUACCGGUGAUUGUCGGCACUCUAUCUGACCGAACCGGGGCUCUGCCGGGAUCAUCCGGGACUCUGCCGACAUCAUCCGGGGCUGUGCUAGCAUGGAUCUCAGCUUUUAUGAUCUCUUUGAUCGAAGACUUAACAGCGUUUGAAUAUCGUGUUAGGUCAUCCGUCGUCCACUUACUAUCUACAUUAUUCGUUGUUUCAACUGGACUCUGCAUGACUGGCCAGGAGUUCAUCCUGGUUGUUAUAUUAAGUCUGGAAAUUGGUAUCGCCGUAGUACUACCGGGGUUAUUGAGACUGCAACAAUAUUUUCAUCCCGGAUCGUCUGGGGUGGUCCUGGGCUUUGCCGGGGUGCUGGUGAGAACGCUACUUAAAUCGGUACUUUUAAUCCCUAUGGAAACUGGCUGAUGCAAUACUGUUGAUCAUAGAAUUAAGUUCAAUUAACAUAUGAAAAGUUGAGACAUUUAUCGUUAACCGAUUUGGACAUUUAUGACCACCUAAUUUGU